UUUGCUAUAUGCUCUUUUUCAUACAUCUCUUUCUGGGGACACCGCACUUAUUUCCUCCAUGGAAAUUACAAAAAACUCUAUUUUCAUCCCUUCGAUGCUCCUCCUUGCUCUUACGUUGGCCAGCUUCGUCGUCGCAGCCGCAGGAAUAGGAGUGUGUUAUGGAACUCUUGGUGACAAUUUACUGUCCUCUCAAGAAGUCAUAAACCUUUUCACUCAGAACAACAUUCCAAGCAUGCGGAUCUACAAUCAGAAUCCAUCGGCUCUCCAAGCCCUAGGAGGAUCCAACAUUGAGGUCCUCGUCGGCGUCGCGAACGAGGACCUACGAGUAAUCGGCUCGACCCCGGGCCAAGCAAAUGGAUGGGUCCAAGCCAACAUACUGAGCCAUGGCAACGUCAAGUUCAAGUACAUCGCAGUCGGCAAUGAGAUCCAGCCGUCCGACCCAGCCGCGAAUUCCCUUGUCGCCGCCAUGCGGAACAUCUGGACCGCAAUAACCAAUGCUGGCCUCGGCGACCAGAUCAAGGUCUCCACAUCGGUCGACUUCAACGUGCUCGAUGUGUCCUAUCCUCCGUCGGGCGGCACGUUCAAGUCGGACCGCAUGUGGCUUCUCGGCCCGAUCAUCAGCUUCUUAGUAGAGACCCAAGCCCCUCUGCUAGUUAACACGUACCCUUAUUUUAGCCACGUCUCCGACCCGCAAAGCGUGCCACUUGACUAUGCCCUAUUCAGGUCCCCCUCGGUCGUGGUACAGGACGGGUCAUCGGGUUACCAGAAUCUAUUUGAUGCGAUGUUGGAUGCAGUCUAUUCCGCGCUUGAGAAGGCCGAUGGCGGGUCGGUGAGAGUCGUGGUCUCGGAGACCGGGUGGCCCUCCGACGGAGGGGCGGCGACUUCGGUGGACAACGCGAGGACUUACAGCACGAAUCUGGUCAGUCACGUGAAGGGACGGACCCCGAAGAGACCCGACCAGCCGAUCGAAACGUACAUCUUUGCCAUGUUCGAUGAGAAUCAGAAGAGCCCGGAUCUCGAGAAAUUUUGGGGGCUCUUCCAUCCGGACAAGCAGCCCAAGUAUCCGAUCACUCUCAACUAAGACGAUCUUGUUGUAAUAAGGGGGUGAACUCCGACAUAAAACAUGUUUAGCUUCCGUAUACGAAAGCAAAAGGGAAAGUUACUUCUGUAAUUACUCCCUAUCUAUUUACGUAAGUCAAUACGCUCGUGAAGGACUUCGUACCUUCAUGUCUUUCUUUUCUUUUUUUGUUAGUUCAUUGUCUUUAAUUACCUUCGUACUGCAGUCCAAUGGCAUUUUGAGUCGA